AUGACCGCCCGGCACGACUCCCGCUCACGGGCCCGAACCCGCGCUGGGACCCGACCCGUCCGCCGCUUCCCCCACUGCCGCCGCCACCCCGGCGAGCCCACCGCCGGCAUAUGCGCAUCGUGCCUCCGCGAGCGCCUCUCCGGCCUCGACCCCGCCGCAGCGGUCAAUAAUCCCGACGCAUCCCCGCCGGAGCUCCGCCGGUGCAGGUCAGUGGCCGCCGUAUCCAAGUGCGAGGGCUCCUCCGGCGGCAGGAGCGAGCCGCGGCGCAGAUCGUGCGACGUCGUCUCGGCUCGGAGCCCCCUGUGCAGCCUCUUCGACGUAGACGACCUGAGGAGCGGAUCGGAAAGCGAGGCGAGGGUCGAAUCGAAGAAUGUCGGGAGGAAUGCGGGGCUCUCGAAGGUCACCUACACCGUGAUCGAGCCGGAGAAGGAUAAUCACAACGGCAGCGAGAUUAGGGUUUCGAGUCACGAAUUGGGGGAAACGAGCGCCGACAGCGAUGGGGAUAUCCGAGGUGGAGAGUUCAAGACGAUGAAGGAGCACAUAGAUCUCGAAUUCCACAAGAAGACCAAGAAAUCCAAGGAUUUGAGAGAGAAAAUUGCUGGUGCAACCUCUGUUUUCGCUAGGAGAUUACUGAACUGGAGACAGAACAAUACGAACAAGGCGAAGAAUCAGAAAAACAACAUCCACGCUGGGAAAAAAUUGGAGGGACCUCCGAAUCCUGCAAUUCUAGGGCGAAGAUCUUGUGACACUAACCCUCGACUAUCGGUUGAUGCUAGCAAGAUCUCGUUCGAGGAGCCUCGCGCCUCGUGGGACGGUUACAUGAUAGCCCGCACAAUCCCUAGGUUAGCCCCGAUGUUCUCCUUGGUCGAAAAUGGCAUUUUUGAGGGCCCUAACAAGUUCGAGAGCCACAGGCUGUCGAUGGAUAGACCAAUGCACUCGAUUGUCGAGGAUGAGAGCAUGUCCGGAGCAUCGGCCUCCGGCCACUCGAAUUCCGACUCAUCUUCCUCCAUGAGACGGAGCAGUUUCGACCGGUCGAGCUCUGCCCGGAGUUUCGGGAAGAAACCGUCAGGCUCGGAAGAUCACGAGAACGUGAAGCUAGUGAUCACAGAGAAGGAGCUUAAGGACUGGCACUUGAGCAAUGGGCUGGAAAAAAAUGGGCCCGUUUUUUCGGGAGAUGAAAAUAUAGUUGCAGCUAAUAUCGAAUAUGCUGGGCCCACGAAGAAAUCCAUCAGGUGGCGCAAGGUAUGCAAUGUGUUUGGUUUCGGGCCAAAGCGGGGUAGUGAUGGGCUGCACAUGGGAAAUGGUGUUCCGAAGCUUGCGCGUAGUGCGAGUGUUGUGGGCCCAAGAAAAUCGUGCGAUGCUGUGGUUGUGGAGUCGAAUUACCGGAGAAGGAGUGUUGAUGGUGCCUGUGGUGGAUAUGGUUUGCAGGGGAUUGAGGGGUUUAAGCUGGAAAGGGUUUCUGGCGGGAAGUAUUGCUCGGGUGUUGAAAUUGGUGAUGGGAAUAAUAUGCCGUUCUAUAUGACGCCGUUGAGGAGCCUGAAGCAUAGCAAGUCUGGGAAGUUCAGGGUACAGAAUUUACACGGCCCGGUGUGUUAA